AACAAUCCUCCUUGAUAAAGAAUUCCAUGGCCCUCCUAUCCUUCGUCCCGGCCAAAAUCCCCAGCCCACCGGCGCCGCUCCCUUCUCUCCGACGAGGGUGUUUCUGUUCUUUAAUCCAUGUUGGCACUAGUUCAGCCGUGCUUCCCGUGAAUUCUCGCGUCUCGAUGUCAUCUUCCGUCGUUUUGGAUCGACAUGAGCGAUCGAAGCUUGUGUGGGUGUGGACUGAGAGCAGGCAGGUGAUGACGGCAGCAGUCGAGAGAGGAUGGAGCACUUUCAUCUUUGGCUCGGAACCCCGAUCCAAAGAACUCGCAAAUGAGUGGUCAUCUAUUGCGUUGAUACAUCCUCUCUUUAUUGAAGGCUCAGAGCUGUCUGAUGCGCAUGGUAGAAGAGUUGCCACAUUCUAUGAUGUUUCUUCUCCACAAGAACUAGCACUACUCCAAUCAGAUGACAAGCAGGCAGAUAAUGCAGUUAUAACUUUCCCGGGAGAAUGGCAGGUUAUACCUGCAGAGAAUAUGGUUGCAGCGUUCCAAGGCUGUAAGAGGGCUGUACUUGCAGUUUCAAUGGCUUCAUCUGAAGCCCAAGUAUUUCUUGAGGCCUUAGAGCAAGGUCUUGAUGGUGUUGUCUUGAAAGUUGAAGAAAUUGGGGAAAUUCUCAAACUAAAGGAUUAUUUUGACAGAAGAAAUGAAGUAAGGAAUCUGUUGGCAUUGACCAAAGCCACUGUUACACGGGUAGAAGUAGUUGGAAUGGGCGAUCGGGUGUGUGUUGAUCUUUGCAGUCUUAUGCAACCGGGUGAAGGCCUUCUGGUUGGUUCUUUUGCUAGAGGACUUUUCUUGGUCCACUCAGAAUGCUUAGAGUCAAAUUACAUUGCUAGCAGGCCCUUCCGGGUGAAUGCGGGGCCAGUGCAUGCCUAUGUUGCAGUUCCAGGGGGAAAGACUUGCUACCUAUCAGAGUUGCAGGCAGGGAAAGAGGUAAUAGUGGUUGACCAAAGUGGUUUGCAACGGACAGCAAUUGUGGGGCGUGUGAAAAUAGAAUCAAGACCACUUAUCCUUGUAGAGGCAAAGGAGAACUCAGGUCAUGAGACCUACAGCAUCUUUCUACAGAAUGCAGAAACUGUUGGCUUAGUGUGCCCAUAUGAAGUAGACAAGACUACAAAGACAGCAAUUCCAGUAACCUCGCUAAAAGUUGGAGACAAUGUCAUGUUAAGAAUACAAGGUGGUGCCCGUCAUACUGGAAUAGAAAUCCAAGAAUUCAUUCUUGAAAAAUGAAUUACAUGGGUCAGGGUUGUUCCUGCCAUGAAUGAGUGUAUUGCAUGGGAAGAAGGAAAAUUUUUGUUGUACCAUACUUCGAACAAAUAAAUUCAGGUAAUGAUAUGUAUACUUCAUACAAUAUGUUUUAGUGUCACUAUUAUCAAAUGGAAAAAUUGGUGCUAAUUU